AUGACUCUUACGUUUGAAUUAUUAUCGAAUGAAAUAUGGCUUAUUAUAUUUAGUUAUCUAUCUUCACGCCAUGUUUGGCGAGCUUUUUCUGGUAUUAAUAGACGUUUGAAUCAACUAUUGACUUCUGACCUAAUUCAUCAUACUAUUGAUUUGAAAGGUAUAUAUUAUUCUGAAAUAUUUGAACUACUUGAAGAUCAUGAUAAUAAUUCACAUGAUCGUCGAUGGCAAGCAGAAUUUGUUUCUCAUGCUCAUGCGAUUUGUCUUGAAAAUAAAUUUGAUUAUGAAAUACUAAUCGAUCGAUGGAUAGCUACAAAGACAAAUUGGCAAUUAUCAUCUCUACGAAUUAUUUAUAUUUUACGAGAAGCUAUAACAAGCAUGUAUUCAUUACUUCAUGCACUUAGAUUGACAACAUUUCUCGAAUCACGACUUCAUUAUCUUCAUCUUGUUUUUGACGAUCCAUGGUACACUUAUUAUUCUAUUUUGUCAGAAAUGGUUGAAAAACGUAUUUCAUAUCCAAUCAUGAUACUUGAAGUAACACGAGGACAUCAAUAUCAACGUUGGGAACGUAUAGAAGACUUGUACGAUAUAAAACAUCCAUUGUAUUGGAUACAUACUGUACGCUUGACUCUUAGUUUACAACAUUCAUCUGAACUUAUUCUUCUCUUAAUGCCUCAAGCUUUACCAUUACUCGAACAUUUAAAUGUAACUAUCGAACAGCCACAAAAGGAUUCAAUAUCUAAAAGAGGCCAAUCAAUAAAAUGUUUUGAAUUAUGUGAAAAAGAUCUCCGUUGUACAAAUGCUGCUGGUACAAACCUUCGAUCAUUUGUUUUACGUCAAAUAGAACUCGAUGAUCUUUUAAUUUUAUUCAAUACACUCACCUUUCCUCUUCUUCACACACUCACAUUGGUUGAUAUAUAUGAUAAAUCUUUAGAUAAUUUGCUAGCUUUUCAACAAUCGAUUAGUCCUUCAAAUUUACCUUCUCUUAAACACGAUCAAUUUCAAUUUUUGCUUCGAUUUCCUGCUAAGUACGAGCAUGAAUGGAUUCGGAGAUAUUAUAAAAUUGGAUGGCCAUUUGAUAAUGUUGGUUUUCAUGUAGAUGAACGUAUUGUGGAAUUGCUCAGUUAUUCCUCUCCGUUAGAUAUUAUUGAAGCUGUAUUUUUUGUCUACUCUGUUCCUUUUGAUUUAUUGAAACAUAUGCGCACUGUACACAAUUAUGAACUUUUUACUCGUCAUUCAACAAUAAUACGAAAAAACUUUGUUUGUCAAAAUAUGGAAUGGCUAUGCAAAUGGUCAAGCAGUGAAAUUCAAUUAAUUACAAGUCUUAAAACAAUGAGAAACAUCGAAACGCUUCGUUGUUUGUGUGUCGGAAUAAAUGGAACGUUUUCAACUGUCAAAUCACUUUUGGGUUCGGACACUGCAUAA